AUGUUCCGGAGUCUUUUGCCGCGGGCGACUCCGCGGGUUGCCCUCCGCUGUGCCGGUCCCAAGGCCGUUCCCUCUACCUUCGUCGCUGCUCCUUCUCUCGCCUCCUUUGGACGCACACAACGUGGCUAUGCCUCUGAGUCAGGUGAACACGAUCUUGUCAUCAUCGGUGGUGGUGUCGCUGGUUACGUUGCCGCCAUCAAGGCCGGUCAGGAAGGUCUGAAGACCGCAUGUAUCGAGAAGCGUGGCCGUCUGGGCGGUACCUGCCUGAACGUCGGCUGUAUCCCCUCGAAAUCCCUGCUCAACAACUCCCACCUCUACCACCAGAUUCUCCACGACACGAAAAAGCGCGGUAUCGAGGUCGGUGAUGUGAAGCUGAACCUUGAGCAGAUGAUGAAGGCCAAGGACACUUCCGUCGAGGGUCUGACUAAGGGUAUCGAGUUCUUGUUCAAGAAGAACGGUGUCGACUACGUCAAGGGUACUGGUGCUCUCGUUGACCAGAACACCGUCAAGGUUAACCUCCUCGACGGUGGUGAGCAGACCCUGCGCGGAAAGAACAUCCUCAUUGCCACUGGUUCUGAGGCUACUCCUUUCCCCGGCCUCAACAUUGACGAGAAGAGAAUCAUCACCAGCACUGGUGCUCUCUCCCUCAAGGAGGUCCCCAAGAAGAUGAUCGUCAUCGGUGGUGGUAUCAUUGGUCUGGAAAUGGCCUCUGUUUGGUCCCGCCUCGGCUCUGAGGUCACCGUCGUCGAGUUCCUGAACCAGAUCGGCGGUCCCGGCAUGGACGCCGACAUCGCCAAGCAGGCCCAGAAGAUCCUCCAGAAGCAGGGUAUCAAGUUCAAGACCGGCACCAAGGUUACCAAGGGUGACGACAGCGGUGCUACCGUCGCUCUGAGCGUUGAGGCCGCCAAGGGUGGUAAGGAGGAGACCCUCGACGCUGACGUUGUCCUCGUCGCCAUCGGUCGCCGCCCCUACACCGAGGGUCUCAACCUCGAGAGCGUCGGUGUCGAGAAGGAUGAGCGCGGCCGUCUUGUCAUCGACCAGGAGUACCGCACCAAGAUCCCCAACAUCCGCGUGAUCGGUGACUGCACUUUUGGACCCAUGCUUGCCCACAAGGCCGAGGAGGAGGCCGUUGCUGCCAUCGAGUACAUCAAGAAGGGCUACGGCCACGUCAACUACGGCUGCAUCCCCAGCGUCAUGUACACCCACCCCGAAGUCGCCUGGGUUGGCCAGAACGAGCAGGAAGUCAAGGCUGCCGGCAUCAAGUACCGUGUCGGUACCUUCCCCUUCAGCGCCAACUCCCGUGCCAAGACCAACCUCGAGACUGAGGGUCAGGUCAAGUUCAUCGCCGAUGCUGAGACCGACCGCAUCCUCGGUGUCCACAUCAUCGGCCCCAACGCCGGUGAGAUGAUCGCCGAGGCCACCCUGGCUGUCGAGUACGGUGCCUCUUGCGAGGACAUUGCUCGCACCUGCCACGCUCACCCUACCCUGGCUGAGGCCUUCAAGGAGGCUGCCAUGGCUACCUACUCCAAGGCCAUCCACUUCUAA